CUUGAAUCAAGAGAAGGGAAAAGUUUUCACAGACGGGACAGCGUUGCCUAGCAGCCAGGCAGAGGACUCUUGUUACUUCACGUUGCCUUUUUGUUACCCGUAUAUCGAGGGACCGCGGAUAUUUCCCCUCUCUAUCUGCCUGUCAUCUGUCUGCUUCCCUCUCGCAGUCUAUAUUGCCAAACAUGACCCAGACCGUGACACUAAAGGGACCCUCUCCUUGGGGUUUUCGACUGGUGGGUGGACGAGAUUUCAGCACACCGUUAACCAUCUCCAGGGUAACACCAGGCAGCAAGGCGGCCCAAGGUGACCUGUGUCCAGGCGACACCAUCUUGGCUAUAAAUGGCGACAGCACAGAGCUCAUGACACACAUGGAGGCUCAGAACAGGAUCAAAACCUGCACUCAGCAGCUCACACUCGACAUCAGCAGGUCGGGAUCAGGAGAGAGAGUGUGGUCGCCAACUGUUAGUGACGAUGGCAAGACAAGCCCUUACAUGGAGCCUGACUCACAGAAUUUCCGUCCCAUCACCAGCGGAUAUGGCGGUUCCAGUCGCAAACCUUCGUAUACCCCUGAACCCCAGUACCCGCAGGCUCCCCAGUACCCACAGUACCCACAGGCUCCGCAGUACCCGCAGGCUCCGCAGUACCCGCAGGCUCCGCAGUACCCGCAGGCUCUUCAGUCCCCACAGGCACCCCAGCCCACUCACCUGAAUAACGGACACUCCAGACCCAACAACGGCCACAGCUAUGGAUACGGGAACGGAACCGGGCACGCUCAGUACAACAACCCAGCAGGACUUUAUCAUAAUGGCAGCAAUGGAGACAGAUCUCUGCCAAGCAAGAUGGGAGGCCUUAGCCUCAGCGCCACACAUAGCCCAGAGCCUCCCACACCAUCCCCUACGGGCCGUAAUGGUUUCGACCCCCAGUCAGAUGUCUACAAGAUGCUGCAGGACUACGAGGAGCCCGUCUCUGCACCCAAACAGUCCGGCUCCUUCAAAUACCUCCAGGGAAUACUGGAGGCUGAGGAUGGAGGUGUGUCCCCAACAGACAGAAUGAGAAACUUAAAGUCUCCAGUCAGGUCUCCAAUCCCCAAACUGGGAAGCCCCAUCCCCAGCCCCAUGUCUGGUCUUCAGAAGCUACCCCAGUGCACACGCUGCUGUAAUGGCAUUGUUGGCACCAUUGUGAAGGCCCGGGACAAGCUCUACCACCCUGAAUGCUUCAUUUGCGAUGACUGCAGUGUCAACCUUAAGCAGAGAGGCUACUUCUUCAUCGAGGACAGUCUGUACUGUGAGACCCACGCCAAGGCACGCGUCCAGCCCCCAGAAGGCUACGACGUUGUUGCCGUUUACCCCAACUCCAAGGUGGAACUAGUCUGAGAUGGAGAUGGAGCUGGCUAAACUGUAAAAUAACUGGGAAACUAAAAUCUGAGAGAAUGGGGCUACUGAGUAUCAGAGCCUACAUUUAUCAGGCUCUGUCAAGCAGGAAUGCCGAUCUUGGAUUCAGUUUUGCCUUUGGGAGAGUCCUAUAAAAUGUAUGUUUCAGUGAUCCAAGAUCAGCAUUUCUACACUGACACUCUUGAUAAAUGCUAUGUAUUAUUGAGCAUAUUGAAAUAUGUUGACAGAAUAAGCCUUAGAUCUGAUGAGAAUCCCAAAACUCAAACCCAUUAAAAAAAA